AAAAAACUUUCCUUUACUCGCAGACUAACUUUACUGUUUAUGUUCUGUCUCGCCCAAUUCUUAGAUGGCUUCAGUAACUCAGCUCUCUUCUCCGCAGUCCCUGUACUCGAGGUAUCCAUGGGUAUGACUGAAAGUCAAUCCACUUGGAUCAUGAGUGCAUUCCAGUUGACCUUCGCAUCUUUUCUGCUCAUCGUGCGUGCUCAUCCUAUUGAUUUUGACCUUGCACUUCAACUGUCAGAUAGUGACAUUAAUGGGCUUGCAGAAAUUGCGUUCGUUGGGGGUGUAUCCGGUCUUGGUAUCAUCUCGUUGUGCGCUGGAUUUGUCCAUGAUACUAUUCCGCUCAUCGUUCUCAGAGCGUUGACUGGAAUAGCUUCCUCGAUGACAAUCCCCUCUGCUUUAACGCUCCUGGUCAAUGUAUUUCCAGAACCGCUUGAACAAGCUCGCGCAAUAGCGAUAUUUGGAGGCUGCGGCGGCGUCGCUAACGUCCUCGGUCUCAUAAUUGGUGCAAUGUUGGUGCAAUGGGCAUCUUACCAUUGGGUGUUCUGGUUUAUAGCUAGCGUGGCUGUGCCAGCGGCUCUGGCAUGUGUCUUCAUCAUACCGCCAGAAAUUUCAAACACCAAAGACAAUGUUGAGCCUGGAGCAGCGAAAUGGAAAAGCCUUGACUUACUCGGCGUGACCAUUCUAACUGUUGCCCUAAUUCUGUUCAUCUUCGCUGUGACAUCCGGCUCCACUGAUGGCUGGGCAUCUGCAGAAGUGCUUGUCCCGUUGAUCAUAUCAAUCUUGAUGGUGAUCGGGUUUUUCUAUUGGGAAACACGCAUACAUGUGGACACAGCUGCAAUACCACCUCGGACAUGGUUCUACAACAAUUUCUCGAUUCUUUUUGCCGUUGCGCUCUUGCCACUCCUUUGGUGGUUCACAGUGCUUAUGAUUUUUAGCACCCUGUGGCAAAACGUAUUUGAGUGGUCGGCAGUAUCAUCGGCUGUACACAUGCUCCCGAUCGGCGUCGCAGCCUUCGUUAUGAGUUUCACCGGAUCGCUGUCUCGGAUCAUCAGUCCGAAAUGGAUUAUUCUGACAGGCAUGUCUUUUUGCAUGGUCGCGACCUUAUUGCUGGCGCUUGGUGGGGGAAAACCUGAGGACUAUUGGCCAUACAUAUUCCCAGCUUUUUCUCUAGGGAGCGCAGGGGUCAUGCUGACGUAUACGCACACAAACAUUGCUAUAUUUCAAGCCGCACCUUCGUCCAUGGCAGGCACAGUUGGUGCCAUCUUUAACGGCGGUCUUCAAUUUGGAUCAGCGAUUGGCCUCGCUGGUGUCAGCUCAAUAGAGACAUCCGUGGAGGCCAUCCAUGGGGGCUCACAUGAGUAUAAAGGACGAGCCGCAGUAUUUUGGUUCCUCUUGACAGUUGUCUCUAUUCAGUUCAUUUCAGUAUCAAUAUUCUAUGACCGCAGCACGGACCACACACCCCAACCAGACCACGGCGACCCCGGAAAUCCUGCUCGACGGAGCACGGACUCUGACAAAAAGCUUAACGACGCGAACGUGACCAUGAUCGAAAAAGCUGACCUAGCGAAUCUGCCGGUGUAG